AUGGAGUUCGACCUCGGUCGGAAUCUGUCCGCCCCUGCACCGGGCAUCCUGCCCAUCGCAGACUCGCGGUCCUACACCGUAACUCUAACCGCUCUAUGGAUUCCCAUCUUCAUUGCCAUCUCGUUACUGUGGUAUGGACGACUGGAGAGUCCCCUGGCUCAUGUGCCCCUCGUGUCCACCGGGAAGUCCUCGUUCUGGGACAUCGGCCAUAAAAAAGCUAAGGAGAGCUUCGCGGCCAAUGCGCGAAAGAUUGUUGCCAAGGGGUUUCAGCAGGUUGGCAACACGAAGCCGUUCAGGGUCAUCUCCGACCUCGGAGAGAUGCUGGUGCUGCCGCCGUCGAUGGCGGAUCAAGUGCGGAACAUCGAUGCGCUCAGUCAUGGGGAGUUCAUGAAGGAGUCCACAUGCGCGGAAGUCCAUGGAUUCGAACCGUUUUUUGAAUCCACUGGUCACAGUUUGCUGGCUGAUAUGACCAAGACGAAGUUGAUGGGCUCGCUGAAACAGCUGACGGACCCUGUCAACGAGACAGCGACCCAAGCGUGCAAAGAUCUCUUCCCUGAUGACGACGGUGAGCUCACUUACUCCUCCUCUCUAUCAGACUUGUCAACGUACUACCCUAACAAGGACAAAGACUGGCACGAAGUAAUCCUCAAAGACAUUCUUCUUGAGAUCAUCGCCCGGAUGUCGUCCACCAUCUUCCUGGGCGACGAGGAGGUCCGCCACGACAAGACCUGGCUUCGCCUCACCAAGGAAUACACAGUGGACUCGUUUCUCGCCGCGCAUCAACUGCGUACGUACCCGCAAUUCCUCUGGCCCAUCCUAGCCAUGCUCUUCCCGCAGGCGCGCAAGGUCCGCGACCAGCUCCACCAGGCGGAGGCGAUCAUCCGCCCGCUCAUCAAGCGACGACGCGCUGAGAAGGCCGCCGCGCUGGCCGAUCCGAGCAUCAAGCUGCCAGAGCGGUACGAUUCGAUCGAGUGGCUGGAGCAGACUUCACAAGACCGCAAGAUCCCGUACGCCCCCGUAGCAAUGCAGCUGACGCUCGCGCUGUCGGCCAUCCACACUACCACCGACCUAAUCACGACGACCAUGUACGAGCUUCUGCGGUGCCCGGAGGUGAUUCAACAUCUGCGGGAGGAGGUGGUUUCCGUCAUGGGGAGUGGAGGAAUCAAGCACUCGGCGCUGUAUAGCCUCAAGCUCAUGGACAGUGUGAUCAAAGAGGCGCAGCGAAUCAAGCCUGCUUUAUCAAUCAAUAUGGUCCGCAAAGCGACCGCAAACAUCACCCUCCCUGACGGUUUCCGCAUCCCCAAGGGCACUAUGCUGGGUGUCUCGCACCACGGCGCGUGGGACUCGGCCGUCUUCCCCGAGCCCGACAAAUUCGACGCCUUCCGGUUCGUGCGGCUGCGCGAGCAGCCCGGCAACGAGAACCGGUGGCAGUUGACCACCCUCCGGUCGGAGCAUAUUGCCUUCGGGCAUGGGCUGCACGCGUGUCCGGGGCGGUUCCUGGCAGCGAAUGAGAUCAAGAUUGCGCUGUGUCAUCUGUUGAUGAAGUUUGAGUGGAAGGUUGCUGGGGAGGUGGAGCCGAGGAUCAUCGAGAAUGGGAUCUUCUUGGAUUCAGACCCAGGGGUUAGGGUCUUGGUCAGGAGGAGGAAGGAAAAAGUUGAGGUUUAG